AUGCAUUCACUGAGGAAGGCUGAAGGGCUCAAUAAAGAGCUGGAGCAGGAAACCACUGAGCUAAAGAGAAGAAGCACUGAGCUGGAGCAGCUCUCACACACUGAGGACGACCUAAACCUCCUCCAGAGCUUCCCAUCCCUGUGCAGCCCUCCACUCACCAAGGACAGUGAUCUGUGUGUGGGGAUUGUGAGGAGAGCUGUGUCUCAGCUAGAAGAGACAGUCAUGAGUGAGAUGAAGAGGUUGUUUGAUGAUGAGCUGAAGAGGAUUCAGCAGUAUGCAGUGGAUGUGACUCUGGACCCUGAUACAGCAAGCCCCUGGCUCAUUCUGUCUAAGAAUGGGAAAGAAGUGAGAACUGGAGAAAAAAAACAGAAGCUCCCUGAUAACCCAAAGAGGUUUGAUUCUGCCGUUAAUGUCUUGGGAAAGAAAGGCUUCUCCUCAGGGAGAUUCUACUAUGAGGUAACUGUUACAGGGAAGACUGAGUGGAAUUUAGGAGUGGCCAGAGAGUCUAUCAACAGAAAGGGAACUGUCGCAUUAAGCCCUGAUAAUGGACGCUGGGCAGUGAUCCUGAGGGAUGGGAGUAAGUACACAGCUUGUGCCCCGACCCGUGUCCACCUCUGCAUGAGAGAGAAGCCCCAGAAGGUGGGGGUGUUUGUGGAUUAUGAGGAGGGUCAGGUCUCAUUCUAUGAUGUGGAGGCCAGGUCUCAUAUCUACUCUUUCACGGGCUACACCUUCACUGAGAAACUCUAUCCAUACUUCAGCCCUUUGCUCAAUGAUGGUGGUAAAAACUCUACUCCUCUAAUCAUCUCUCCUGUCAAUCACACAGACUGAGUUUGAACCUGAAAUUAACUGACCUGUAAAAUUAAUACCUCAAUUAGAGUUCACUCUUUCAUCAAACACUAGGAAGAAUAUUUCACUGUAGUUCAUUAACUGAUGUUUGUUAUUAUUAUUUGACUUCUAAAAGAACAAUCCUUUAUCUGAUCUUAACGGAGCACUGGGCCGGCCACUCUUCAAUAUCACCUGGGCUAGCACAGGUGAAACACCUUCCCACUAAUGAGAUGACAAACCAGCACAGGUGUAACACAUACUGAGUAACGAGGGGACGCCAAUCAGUGCGCCCCACGUGCUAACGUCCAAACUCUAAAUAUAAAUGGAAAAACCAAAGCCUAUAAAUAACAUUGUCAGUCUGUUAGACAUGAUGAGUGCAGAAUGCAGCAGCAAUGUAACAUAGUCUACCUGUAUUACCAAUAUCUCCGAGGCUCACAACAAGGUAUGACUUCAUGUCUGGAAGAGAGAAUUCAGAGGUUGUUCUGAUUAUUGUCCCGCAUGAUGAAAUCGGAGAGUAGACGUUGGCUCUGUCUCUGUCCGAUAGCAAGUUUGUAUGUUUGUCACACGCGAUAUCUCAGACUGGAUGGCCUGUUUUAGAUGAAACUUGGUUGUAUGAUGUGUCUUGCUGUAGAGAUCUGGCAUUUUCUAAAAUGACACAGACUGGCCAGGUGGAGGCACUAUAACAAGCAAUUGAAAAUGCACAUUUUGAAAGGUCACGCCCCUCAACCAGUUUGUCCAAAAAUCAUGAAAUUCAGCACAUUGGUCCUCCUUCACAAGGAACAAAUUUGCAGCAGGGAUCCAUAAGGUCCACCAUGAUGGAUAUUAUGCCAUUUAGAAUUUUGUGAAAAACACUUAAAACGCUACUCCUCUGGCACUGAAUGACCGAUCUGCAAGAAACUUGAUAUGCGACACGUAUGUACACACGUCUCUCAACGCAACAUAUUCCAGACUAGUAUCUAAAAACAACAUGGCCGUAAUGGCCAAUAAACUUUCAUGUGGUCCGAAACAUAAAUCAGUCACAGAUAGUUGUAUUGUAACAAAUUUGGUACACAUGUUGAAAACACUGUCAACAAGACCCAACAUAUACAAGAACAUUCAUAUCGACCACAAGGUGGCACUAUAACUGGCACAUAUUUUGUUAAUAUCAGCAUAGUCUAGUUUGAAUUUGCCGGGGGAAGGGGAGGUAUCAUUGAGGAGGACGAAAUGUUUAAUGUUGCAUUGUUUUAAUUCUGAUAAUAUCAGCACUAUAUGUUUGUUUUACUUAGAUAUAUACAAUGCAUAUACUCUGUUGAUCCUCAAUAGCUUUAAUGGACACUGAGUAACAUUCAGGAUGUCUGGAUAAUUAAGUUCAGUUGAAUAGUGAUAUAAUUGGUAUUCAGUAUAGCACAGCACCAGAGCUUUAGAAUAGUGGUGGGUAUUUAUGACAUCAGCCUUAUUCUAUGAAAUAUGAUUGAAUUGGACGUCAUUUUUUUUAGGGGGGGUAUAUUAUAUGGGGGUGUUUGUAAUCGUCUGUUUCUAUGGUUUUGAAGACUCAUUGUCACGGCAUUUCAACAUCACCUUGUCGAAAUAAAACUAAAGUAUACAGUGUAUUGUGUACGGUACCAAACUCUCUCCAGCU